AUAAACUUCCAAGUUGUGGCUCAAACUCUCAGACAGAGUUAGCAUUUAGCAAUUAGGAAAGGAAAACUAAGGAACAAUUUGAGUUUGGUCACAUAUUGGACCUCUCCUCCCAUAUUGCUUGUUCCUCCUUAAUUUCUCAUAUUCUUUUUCGGUACUGGGACUCUAUUCUCUUUUAGUAAAUACAAAAACAAGUAUUGGUGCCAAGAGAAAAGGCAAUAUAGUGUGGAGCAUUUACAUUCAUAAGGGAAAAGGUGCAACAGAUAUAUAGAAUAAAGGAUUUUUUAGUGUCUCAAUUGAAGUAUAGUGCCGUAGGAAUGGGGGCUCCUCUAUCAGCAUGGCCAUGGGAGAACUUUGGAAUAUACAAGUAUGUAUUAUAUGGACCGUUUAUGGCCAAAGUUGUGUAUGAAUGGUUGUAUAAUGAAGAACACUCGUACUACAACCUCAGCUGGUGCCUUCAUUUGCUCACACUAAGUGCUCUCAGAGGUCUAAUUCACGUGCUUUGGGCUUCUUAUAGCCACAUGUUUUUUCUCACUAGAAAUCGACGGAUUCUUCAACAGGGUGUUGAUUUCAACCAGAUUGACAAAGAAUGGGACUGGGACAAUUUCUUGAUUCUUCAAACACUAGUAGCCUCCAUGGCCUGCUAUAUGUUUCCCUUUCUUCAGCAUCUUCCUCUCUGGAAUGCAAAAGGUCUUAUUGUUGCACUGAUUCUCCAUGUGGGAAUCUCAGAGCCACUUUAUUAUUGGGUGCAUAGGAAGUUCCAUGGAGAUUACCUUUUCACCCAUUAUCAUUCACUUCAUCAUUCAUCUCCCAUACCAGAGUCUUUUACUGCUGGACAUGCAACACUUUUGGAGCAUCUUAUUUUGACGCUAGUCAUUGGAAUCCCUAUCCUUGGGGCUUCUUUGAUGGGAUAUGGAUCAGCAAGCUUGGUGUAUGCUUAUGUUUUGAUUUUUGAUUUCCUCAGAUGCUUGGGCCACUGCAAUGUUGAAAUUGUUCCCCAUCAGUUGUUCCAGAAAUUCCCAUUUCUUAGAUAUGUGAUAUACACACCAACAUAUCACAACCUACACCAUUCUGAUAAGGACACUAAUUUCUGCCUCUUUAUGCCUCUCUUUGACGCACUAGGCAAUACCCUCAACCAAAAAUCAUGGCAAUCACACAAAAUAUUAAGUUCAGGUUCCGGAAACGGUGACACGGUCCCACAUUUUGUUUUCCUGGCACAUAUAGUAGAUGUGUCAUCUUCUAUUCAUGCUCAAUUCGUCCUGCGAUCCUUUGCUUCAUUGCCAUACACAACGAGGCUCUUCUUGGUCCCAUGUUUGCCCGUUGCUUUUCUAAUUUUACUAGCAAUGUGGGUUUGGUCCAAGACCUUCUUAUUUAGUUUCUACUUCCUCAGAAGUAGACUGCACCAAACGUGGGUUGUACCUAGAUGUGGCUUUCAGUAUUUCUUGCCAUUUGCUACUGAGGGAAUCAAUAAGCAAAUUGAGCUAGCUAUCCUCAGGGCUGAUAAAAUUGGGGUUAAAGUCAUUAGCCUUGCUGCAUUGAAUAAGAAUGAAUCUCUAAACGGGGGUGGAAAGCUUUUUGUGGACAAGCACCCAAACCUGAGGGUUCGAGUUGUUCAUGGGAACACGUUAACUGCAGCUGUCAUACUCAAUGAGAUCCCUCAAGAUGUGAAAGAGGUGUUCCUAACAGGAGCUACUUCCAAGCUUGGAAGAGCAAUUGCUCUCUACCUUUGCCAAAAGAAAGUCAAAGUUCUGAUGUUAACUCUUUCAACAGAUAGAUUUCAGAGGAUUCAAAAGGAAGCCCCUCUUGAGUAUCAAAGCUAUCUUGUCCAAGUGACAAAAUACCAAGCAGCACAAAACUGCAAGAGCUGGAUUGUUGGCAAGUGGAUCACGCCAAGAGAGCAAUACUGGGCACCACGUGGAACCCAUUUCCAUCAAUUUGUUGUCCCACCCAUUUUAUCAAUCAGAAGAGAUUGCACUUAUGGUGAUCUAGCUGCCAUGAGAUUACCAGAAGACGUGGAGGGCCUUGGCUGUUGUGAGUACACGAUGGAUAGGGGAGUAGUUCAUGCGUGCCAUGCAGGAGGAGUGGUACACAGCCUUGAAGGUUGGUCUCAUCACGAAGUUGGGGCCAUAGAUGUCAACAGAAUCGAUCUUGUGUGGGAAGCUGCACUCAAACAUGGCCUAAGGCCAGUGUCCACUUUCACACACUAGAUAAUCCUCCGCUAAAGUAUUUUUCCCAAGUUCUCUCUCCUUUCUUUUGGAGUAUUGCGCAUCACAGUGGCCAUCUGUGUGGUUGUAUUCUUUGAUGUCGCUGUGUUACAUUUCAAAUGUUUCUUGUAUGUUCAUAUGAUCAUAUUGACAAGUGAUUCAUAGCCCAAAGCAAGCUAGCCACCUUCAUUCCUCA